CCAAAAGGAAAGGGGAGGGGCGGGUAUAUUUGCCGCGAAGGGAGCGGCCAGGACAGGCGGUGAAGGCGACGCGGAGGGAGGUUGCUGGGAAGCUGCAGCGAUGGCAUCCAACGAUUAUAGCCAGUCAGCAGCAACACAGAGUUAUGGGGCCUACCCAACUCCACCCACACAAGGUUAUUCUCAACAAACUAGCCAGCCAUAUGGACAGCAGAGUUAUGGUGGCUAUGGGCAAUCAGCGGAUACUUCUGGAUAUGGCCAAAGUAGUUACAGCUCGUCUUAUGGUCAGACGCAAGGCUCUGGAUAUGGCACUCAGUCCACACCACAAGCUUAUGGCUCAUCCACAGGAUAUGGCAGUAGUCAGACUUCACAGUCGUCCUAUGGACAGCAAUCAUCCUAUCCCAGCUAUUCUCAGCAACCAACCAGUUCCAGCACUGGAAGUUAUGGCACCAGUUCCCAAACUUCCAGUUACGGGCAACCCCAAAGCGGGGGUUAUGGCCAGCAGUCAAGCUAUGGCAGCCAGCAGCAAAGCUCUUACGGGCAGCAACCUUCCUACAACCCACCUCAGAGCUACGGCCAGCAGAGUCAAUAUGGCAGCAGCAGCAGCACUGGAGGAGGUGGCGGCAGUUCUGGUGGCUAUGGCCAGGAUCAAUCCUCCAUGAGUGGAAGUGGUAGUGGAGGAGGCUAUGGCAGCCAGGAUCAAAGUGGAUACGGGUCUCAACAGGACCGCAGCCGUGGCAGAGGCAGUGCAGGAGGAGGUGGCGGCGCCGGAUAUGGUAGAGGUGGCUUUGAUCGGAGUGGUGGUAGAGGUGGCAACAGAGGUGGCCGUGGAGGUGGCAUGGGCGGUGGUGAGCGAGGUGGUGGCUUCAAUAAAUUUGGUGGACCACGGGACCAAGGCUCACGUCAUGAUUCUGCUAGUGAGCAGGAUAAUUCUGACAAUAACACCAUCUUUGUCCAAGGACUUGGUGAAAAUGUAACCAUUGAGUCGGUUUCAGAAUACUUUAAGCAGAUCGGCCUCAUCAAGAUGAACAAGAAAACUGGGCAGCCUAUGAUUAACCUGUAUACAGACCGUGAGACAGGAAAACUGAAAGGAGAAGCCACGGUUUCUUUUGAUGAUCCCCCAUCUGCAAAAGCUGCCAUUGAUUGGUUUGAUGGGAAAGAGUUCUCUGGCAACCCAAUUAAAGUUUCAUUUGCCACUCGGAGAGCAGACUUCACCCGAGGAGGGGGGAAUGGCCGUGGUGGAAGAGGCCGUGGUGGUAGAGGAGGACCAAUGGGCCGCGGUGGAUUUGGUGGCGGCGGUGGCAGUGGCGGCGGCGGCGGCAACAGUGGCUCCAGUGGAGGCAACCGGGGUGGUUUCCCUAGUGGCGGAGGCGGCCAGCAGCGUGCUGGAGACUGGAAGUGUCCCAAUCCGACGUGCGAGAACAUGAAUUUUUCGUGGCGCAAUGAAUGCAAUCAGUGCAAAGCACCCAAACCAGAUGGGCCUGGGGGACCACAUAUGGGGGGCGGAUUUGGUGAAGAACGACGUGGGGGACGGGGAGGCUUUGACAGAGGCGGUUUCCGGGGAGGCCGAGGGGGAGAUCGAGGUGGAUUCCGCGGUGGAAGAGGCGGAGAUAGAGGCAGCUUUGGACCAGGAAAAAUGGACUCAAGAGGGGACCACAGACAAGACCGUCGGGAGAGACCUUAUUGAGCCAACAUAAAGAUCCCAGACCAUGUGAAUUUAUAAACUUUUUUUAUUUUGUAUGAUGUCUAACUUCAUUGCAGAUUGUGUACCCCAUGUUGAGUUUGUGUACAGACUUUGUAUGCCUGUCCUAUUUUUUUUUGUUGACUGUACUUGGACUAAUCCCAGAUUACAAAAAUAUAUUUUAGUUGUGUGGUUGUAAUUGCAAGGCGGGGGCGGACAUAGAGCUGAAUAAUAAAGAUGUUUUCAGUCAAUUCUCAAAA